GACUAGUUUCUUUCAUUUGUGUUUUGCUUCCCUUCCCUUGCUCUGCAAAAGAAGUAAAUCUCUUGUUGCAAGCUACCUUCUCCUCGUCCAUGGCGUGCAUCAACCUAAAUCUCGACGUAGACGUCAACAAUUGCCUGAGCGGGCUGCGGGCAUCGCUGCCAGUUCUGGGCAGGCCAAAAUCUGGCAUCCAGAAAUUGGAGAAGGAAAUGGCAAGAUUGAGAGGUGAAAGGGACGACAUCAAGAACCAGAUCGACCAGGCGGAUCGCCAAGGGAAAAUUCCGACCAACAAAGUGAGCCAGUGGCUACGGGAGGUGGAGGAACUGGAAGCCCAAGUGGCUGCUAUCAACCAGGAUUUCCAAAGCAUGAGUUGCUUCAGUUGCAAUUGCUUCAAUCAAACUGGCGGCACGUCGGGUCAAACACAACAAGCAGGAGAUCAGGUCCCUAUUAGAGAGUCAUCAAACUGCUGCUCCAUCAACCGAAGAGCGAAGGAGAAGCUCGGCAAAGCUAAUGAAUUGAUGAGCCAAACUGAUGCACUGGAUCCGAUUACCACAGUUGGGCCUCCGGAACCCACCAUGAUGCUUUCCAUCUCGCACCGAUCGCCUGUUGGGAUCGAGUCGUAUGUGGAGGGCAUUGUGAGCUACAUCGAUGGUGGAGAAGGCAACAUCAUAAGCAUCUACGGAAUGGGCGGUGUCGGUAAGACCACCAUGUUGAAGAGGAUCCAGCGACACUAUCAUCAUAACCAUGCCAUAUUUGAUCGUGUGAUUUGGGUUGUGGCCUCCAAAGACUGCCAAUUGAAAAAGCUCCAGAUUGAUAUUGCUAGGAGUCUAAAUCUGUAUACACUAGAGGAGAAUGACGAUGAACAAAUCUGUGGCGUUAAGUUGUGUAGCUUCUUGAAGAACAAAAACUGCUUGUUGCUUCUCGAUGACAUUUGGGAACGUUUGGAUCUUCAACUGUUGGGGAUGGCACACUCGGGUACUGAGCAAGGCCAGCAGCAGCAUCAGCAGCCGCGCAAAGUCGUGGUGUUCACGACCCGCAGCGAGACAGUGUGUGCACAAAUGAAGGCAGAAAAGAAGUUCAAAGUCAGAUGUCUGGAUUCAGAACAAGCAUGGCAACUCUUUGUGCAGAAUAGCGAUGGGGAUGUUCUCGGCUCAGAUCCUGGAAUUAUGUUCGUUGCCAAAGAACUUGUUCAAGAAUGCGCAGGUCUUCCGCUCGCUCUUGUCACCGUCGCCCGAGCUAUGUCAGGGAGAAGGUCUUGGGAAGCUUGGAACGAUGCUCUCCAUCAAAUAAGAGAUAAACAUGAGUGGACAACCAUUGCACUUCCGGAAGAUUCAGUCAUGUAUAAAGCCUUCAAGCUGAGCUACGACAAUUUAGAGAAUGACUCCGUAAGAGAAUGCCUCUUGUGUUGCACUUUGUGGCCUGAAGAUUAUGAGAUCGACAAGCUUUCUGAGUUGAUACCGUGUUGGAUAGGUUGCGGCAUAAUCCAUGAAUAUAACGUGAUCAAUGAAGCUUUCGCCAAAGGCUACUCCCAUCUGGAAGCUCUCGGGGCUGCAUCCUUGCUAGAGAAAUGUGAUUCGGACAAAGUCGUAAAGAUGCACGAUGUCAUCCGAGACAUGGCACUAUUGCUGAUUUCUGGGUUGGAGGGGAACAAAAGAAAAUGGAUUGUAAAAGCAGGAAUCAGGUUGAGUGAUUUGCCUAGACAAGAAGAAUGGCAAGAAGCAGAACGAGCAUCAUUCAUUUGGAAUCAGAUUACUUCUUUACAAGAAUAUGAAGCUUCCACUUUUCCAAAACUUUCUAUGUUGAUUCUCCAUGGGAACAAAAACCUCAAAACAAUUCCUUCGAGUUUAUUCGCAAGCAUGCCUCGUUUAACGUACUUGGAUCUCAGUGAUUGUUAUAUAACAGAGCUUCCAAUGAUGAUUGGUACCUUAACUGAGCUUCAAUAUUUAAACUUGUCGAAAAAUCCUAUUACAAGACUGCCACUUGAGUUUGGUUGCCUUGGCAAAUUAGAGUACUUGCUUCUAAGGGCUACUUGUCUUAAGAUUGUUCCCAAUGGGACGAUAUCCAAUUUAUCAAUGCUCAAGUGGUUGGAUAUAAGACAAACUCCUCUUGUACCCGAGUGGUGGUGGGAUGAGCUAAAAUGUUUCAAAGGACGCCACCAAUUAAGUGUGGGAAUUAACAUAAAUGCUACAACAGGUAGCAUUGACCGACUCAACAUGUUGUCACCAAAUGUCUCCAUAUGGGAACUCACAUUGGAUGGAAACUAUAUUUCAGAACUUUCAAAUGACGAUAUGGGCACUCCACAAUGGGGUUGCAGGGUAAGUGACAACCUCGAGUAUCUGAACAUUAUGCAUCUGGUAUUAGACAGAUUAAUAUUGGCUGCAGGCGUGGGUCGCGAAUCAAGUUUUGGAUGUUUAAAGCGUCUCCAAUUUUGUUUCCUGAAACUAUUGAAAGAGAUUUCAUUGAAUAGAGUUCGGCUCUACAACCUUCGUGAAGUAGUUUUUAGAGAAUGCCACGAGUUGAAGGAUGUUUCUUGGGUUCUCCAACUGCCAUGCCUUAAGUUUCUAGAGAUAAAUUAUUGUGAAAAAAUGAAGGAAUUAAUAAGUGAGGUAGGGAACUCCAACUCCAUCUCUAGCUCUAGCUCUAGCUCUAGCAUCCAGAGAUUGAUUUUGUGCGGCAUGCUGAACCUCAAUCGCAUUGCAAACAUACCGCUCCAUUUUCCCUACUUGGAAUAUAUAGCAGUGUACGAGUGUCCAAGGUUUCAAAAAUUACCAUUUGGGGCUGAAAUAUUGAACAACAAAUUAAAAAUGAUUAAAGGUGAAAAAAAUUGGUGGAAUAACUUGAAGUGGGAUGACGAGAGCAUCAAAGAUUCCCUCACCCCUUGUUUUAGGUCUUAUGAUGAUGAUUUUUGACCAAUUUCAAAAUGAAGCAUCGGACCUUCUGGUCAAGGAGGCUAUAGGGUUUGAUCGUCGUGGAGGUCAAAUUGUUGGAUUCUUUGAUUGGUUACAUAUGUAUCUAAAUUUGAUUGAUGAUUCCUAAAUACUUAAUUGGACAUCUCUUUAGUGUUUUAAAAUUUGAUGAAUAUCGAUAUUGUCU